AUGGCAAGCCCGGCAAGCCAGGCCAAGUCUACUACCCACUCUCAUUGCGGACCGUGCCCAAGCCAUCGCCGCAAGGGGGGUGAAUUGUUAGUCAAAUUGACCGCCGCGUCACUAAACCACCGCGACCUCUUUCUCCGCCAACAUCUGUACCCGGGCGUAACCUUUGACGUGCCCUUGCUCGCCGACGGAGUGGGAGUCGUUGUCGGCGCCGGACCAGACGUCCCGAGCCCAGAGGAAUGGCAGGGCAAGCGGGUCAUUCUCAACCCUGGUGUUGGGUGGAAAGAUUCGCCUGAUGGGCCCGAGGACGCGACCGGGUACCGUAUCAUGGGCGGUACGAAGGUUUAUGAUAAAGGUACCUUGCAGGAAUAUCUUGCUAUUGAUUAUUCAGAACUCGAGGAGGCGCCGGCUCAUCUCUCUGAUGCUGAGGCUGCUGCGUUGCCUUUGACUGGGUUGACUGGGUGGAGGGCUUUAAUUACCAAGGCUGGAGAAAGGAACUCUGGUGCAGGAGCUGCUGUUCUGAUCACUGGGAUUGGUGGCGGUGUUGCGUUGAUGGCGCUUCGGUUUGCGGUUGCGAGGGGGGCUCAUGUCUUUGUGACGAGCUCGAGUCAGGAGAAAAUUCAGAAGGCGGUUGAACUGGGUGCGACCGGUGGUGUAAGCUAUAAGGAGGAAGGUUGGGAGAAGAAGCUGCUCGGUAUGCUUCCCGCCGGAAAGAAAAACUUCGACGCGAUCAUCGAUGGUGCUGGUGGUGAUUCGGUUGAAAAAUCUGUCAAGUUGCUCAAGGCUGGUGGUGUCCUUUCGAUCUACGGAAUGACCGUUUCUCCCAAGAUGCCAUUCACAAUGAGUGCUGUGCUCAAGAACAUCGACGUCCGUGGUUCCACGAUGGGCUCUCGCAAGGAGUUCAAGGACAUGAUUGAGUUUGUUAAUGCUAAGAAGAUCCGUCCCGUGGUGUCUCGGGUGCUGCAAACAGACUUGGAAGACUUAUCUGCCAUCGAUGGACUAUUUGAAGACAUGAAGCAAGGCACACAGUUUGGUAAAUUGGUGAUUGACUUUAGCAAGUCUACUGGCAGCAAGCUUUGA